CCUGCCGCACGAUUAGGCACGCACGGCAUUCGUUCAUCCGUGACCCGUUCCGGCGCGAGCUCUUUUUGAGAUCGCGAGUUUACUCAACGGUGCUCUCCCUCUCUCUCUCUCUAUCUCUAUCUCUCUCUCUUUCUCUCUUCCUCUCCCGUAUUGAAAAUCGUAGACAGGAUCGACGUAUAGCAGGGUCACGUUGGACACUUCCCUUCCCGUGAUGCUUGGGAAAACGACGCACGAUGACGACAAUGACGGUAACGGGAUGACAGGUUGACGGUGCGGACGCGCGGAAGAAUGAGAUUCUGGCCGAGGAACGUACGUGAGAAUCGCCGCAAGCGGACGGUCUCGUCAUGAUGUUGGUGCCGCAGGACAUCAUGGGCGGCACUUCGAAGAUGCUGUACCAAAUGAACAAGUACUAUACCGAGCGGGUGCAGGUGCGGAUGGCCCAGGUGCAAAAGACGAUACGGGAAGUGUGCAAGGUCGUGCAGGACGUGCUGAAGGAGGUCGAGGUGCAGGAGCCGCGGUUCAUCUCGUCGCUGACCGAGUGCAACGGCCGUUACGAGGGGCUGGAGGUGAUCUCGCCGGGUGAAUUCGAGGUGGUCCUCUACCUGAAUCAGAUGGGAGUGUUCAAUUUCGUGGACGACGGCACCCUGCCGGGCUGCGCGGUGCUGAAGCUCAGCGACGGCCGCAAGCGGUCGAUGUCGCUCUGGGUGGAGUUCAUCACCGCGUCCGGCUACCUGUCGGCCCGCAAGAUACGCUCGCGAUUCCAGACCCUGGUGGCCCAGGCGUGCGACAAGUGCAACUAUCGGGACUCGGUGAAGAUGAUCGCCGACACGACCGAGGUGAAGCUG